UUCACUAUGAGAGGUUGUCACGGCGUUGUCGGUAUUUGUUGUGUGUCGUAGUGGUUAGUGAUGUAGAAUUUAGUAGUCCGUGUCGAGCAAGGUUGUUCGUAAUUUGUUUUAUUAUCCUUGCUACGUCACAGAAUACUGUUUACAUUGUGCACGUACAAGUGGAUGCAGCGCAUUAUCUGACAGAUCUAAAAGAAAAUUAAGGAGUCUUUACGUGUGAAUGUGGCGGACGUUUAGUCUGUUUACUUUGUAUUAGAGCAUCUCAGAAGACCAUGUGACAAGAAUUCAGAAGAUCCGAUGAGACUGAAGUUCCCUGGAAUGUAGCUACAUAACUCUUGUCUUGGAGCUGAGGGUGAGCGACAGGUUGAAAUGGAAGACUCCAGAUUCACGACCCCUUGUGACUAUGAUGAUAUUUCCGGGAUUGUCGCCGAACGACCAGCGAGAAACUGUGUAACGGGUUAGAAGCCAGGACACUAACUACAUAUCUUACGAAUAGCAGAUCGGCGUCUGUCGAAGUGAGAACAAUGCUUGCGUGUGUGUGUACGCCGCCGGAUACUCGCCUCUUCUCGGCGUCUAGUGUGGGAGGCACGAAAAUAAAGACGCCCAGUAGACGGGGGAUUACUGAAGGUCCGUCAUUCGCUUCUCUGCCGGUGCCCACCACGCAUUUGCCAAGCCGACGGUCACCUCCCGCCACCACCAGUAGCGCUACCGUCGCGAACAGCAUUGUUGUCACCACUCCUCAAGUUACGGAGAAUGAACUGGCAACCCCUGAUCCCAAAGAAAGUGAAGACAACUCUUCCGAUGUACAGCUGCCAGACGGGGUGGAGCUGACGCUAGGGGAGCUUCAGGAGAUGGCCUGCAGGCAGCAGCACCAAAUAGACUCGCAGCACCAACUGCUAGUGGCAAAGGAACAGCGCCUUCGCUUCUUGAAACAGCAAGAGGCGCGGCAUCACCAGGUGGCGGCUGAAAAUGAGCGGCUUCGGCGGCUCCGGGAUCGAGUCGAGGCGCAGGAACUGAAACUCCGGAAGCUCCGGGCUCUGCGUGGACAGGUGGACCAGAAUAAACUCAACAAUGCCUCCCUCACAUCGGAUCUGGACUCAAUCCGAGCACUUUUCAAUGAAAAGGAGAAGGAGCUGUCACUGGCAGUUGCAAAGGUGGAGGAGCUGACACAUCAACUUGAGGAGCUGAAGAGAGGUCGGGGUGCUAGUGCCAGGGAUCAGCAGCAACAGACACCCUCCCCUGCGGCUCUUGAGCUUGACAAAUUGAGGCGUGAACUUAUGUAUCGUAACAAGCUCAAUGAGCAGCAGAAUGCCCGUCUAUGCCAGCAGAGGGAAGCACUGUCACAGCGCCAAGAAGAGAUGAGCAACAUUGACAAACGUAUUUCCGAAUUACAAGAUAGACUGCAUCGAAAGCGACUUCUGAACCAGCAGAUGGCAAACCAGAUCACAGCAGCAAGUAACAAAGCAUCAGGACAGCAACAGUUAAGGUCUGUUGCAUCUGCUACAACAAUCCAGCAGCACCAGUAUCACCAGCAGCAGGUGCAGGGAGGGAAAGGCAAGUUGCUGCGACCUCUGACUAGUGGGAACAUUGCUACCAUAGAGCCUUACCAUCAUGUGCCAGUCACAUCCAGUGACCCUGAAAAGCAGUCUGGCAUCAGUGGUGGAAUAUAUGGUGGCCAGAAACAAGCUGCACAGAUCCGUCCCAUUGUUGGGGAUGGCAUCACUCAUCUCGGGAAAGAAGGGCCUUAUCACAGCAAACAUAUCCAUCAGCAGUCAGAUGGAAUGUCAUCACAGGACCACAAGAAUCAUGCAUCUUCGCAGGAUGACUUCCACAACAAGCUUGUGGGCAUCAGUGGCGGAAGUGGAAGCAAUUUGAACACUACAGCAGUGAAUAAUGGUAGCUCAACCCAAAACAGCAGCACCAAGAAUAAGGACAAGGAUGACCAGUAUCUACCAGAGUUUGGAGGCAGCAAAUCAGAUCCCAAAUAUCAGACACUGCCUUACAAUACUAAAUUCACUGUCAACUUUGUCUCGUCGGCAGCAAGCAAAGUCACACCACCUGACAAAAGAGACUCAGUACCCUCAGAUGCUUCUCAGAGAAACAACAGUGAUACAAAUGAAACUGCGAUGAAAAAUAACAACAACAAUAUUAACAGCAUGAACAAUAAUAACAACAUCAAUAACCCAUCAGCCCAGCAGCAGUUGAUGACAGUCCAUAGCAUGCCCAUACCUGCACUAUCUGGUGUGAGUAAAGGACUAGCCACACCAUUAUUGAACCAGAGCCAGCAGCCACCUCAUCGUACCGAACAGUCCCUGGCAUAUCAGCAGCAGCCUAUAAACAAAAUGACUACAUCUGCUGUAACAGCCCAGAUGUUGGGGCACAUAGCACCAAGACCAUUUGGCUCAUCCCAUUCAUCAUACACAAACGCAGGUUUGUCCCGUGGUCAGCCAGUAGGUGGGACAUCGUCAACAACAUCAUCAACUUCGUCUCUUGCAACCAACAGUAGUAGCACCAGCUCAUCCAUCAGUCACCAAAAACCUGUAAGCAGUGUGGCACCCACAUCAGUUCAGCACCAGAAACCAUCACCAAUCUACCAGACGUCAUCUACCAAAAUCCACCCUGUGCAGCCACAGACACUGAGUUCAACCCCACAGGGCAUUCUGCGUGAGCUGAGGGGUGACUUGUCACCGCCACAGAGCACUUCCACCCCUGUUGGUACUCCUGAAGGAAUGCAUGAGAACCGACAUUGUGCUGGUAAACCUGCUCUGCCACCAAAACCUGCGUUACCUGUGAAACCCACUCCACCCCCUCGACAAACGCAGCAUUGCACACCUUCAGCAGUGAAUACAGCAGAGCUGGAUGUGGGGCGAGUGGACAUAUCUGCUGAUGCUGUAGAUUCAGCACUCAAUGUGCUCAGGGGAGCACCUGCUGGACUGAGGGGAGGGCUGACAUCCCACCAAGAACAACUGCUGACCAAAUUGAGCCAGCAGCAAGUGCCUUCUGAGUUGGAUGAGAAUCAGCUUCCACAACGACAGACAUCCUCCACAGUGACUACUCCAUGUCCUCCCCCUCCACCACCGACAUCUGAACCUCCGGAUGACAUAGUAUUGGCAAACGUCCCUAACCAAAAGCGGUUUGCAGGAGUGGGUGGUAAUUCUGGCAGUGACAACAUUAUGCCAAUAAUCAAAGCCUGUCCACUAACCAUCAAGAAACAGCCAUCAUCAGAGCAUCCAAAAUUGAAAGCUGUAAACUUUGUUGGAAAUGGCCAGAAUGGUGUGGCUGCAUCUUCCAGUGUGAAUGGAAGCAGUGGUGCCAAUGUUAGUGGUGUCAAUAACAAUGGUAACAGUGGUGUUCAUGUUAGCAUCAAUCGCAGGAUUGAGAUGCCCCCAGCAUUCUUAUUCCCAGAGACUGAAGCACCUCCAGCAGACCUUAUAUCCUCAUCUUCAGGAUCAGAACAGUCCUCAGCUACAUUCUCAUCGACAACUUCGUUGACACUGAGCAAUAGUACAGUGACACCUAGUGGAAUAUCAACUGGAAACAUGAAUUUGGGUGUUGGCGCAGAUGAGGUGGACAGGGCAGUGGUUGAGCCAUUGAGUGGAAGUGAAGUAGAUAAUAACAACUUUGUGACAAGGAAAGUUGUGGUUGGAGAGGAGAAUGGCAAUCAGCAGAAGCAGGACACCCUGGUAGAUGCUCUCAACAAUAUCAAUGCAGCAACUCAGGAGCAGCAGGAUAUGACAGGUGAGCACAUGCCUCAGCAUAUUAUGGUACGGAGAGCGAAAAAAGGAAACCUUAAGGCAGGAGCAUCAAACAAAGUAGCCCCCGGAGGAUCGCGCCGUGUAAGCUUUGACCCUCUCGCUCUUCUUCUGGAUGCUUCACUGGAAGGGGAACUUGAACUGGUCCGCAAAACAGCGGGUCAAGUGAGCAAUCCAAGUGCAGCCAAUGACGAAGGUAUCACUGCACUCCACAAUGCCAUCUGUGCUGGACACCUUGAUAUUGUCAAGUUCCUGGUUGAGUUUGGGUGUGAUGUCAAUGCUCAGGAUAGCGAUGGAUGGACUCCAUUACACUGUGCAGCUUCUUGCAACAAUCUUGCAAUGGUUCGCUUCCUGGUAGAACAUGGGGCAUGCAUCUUUGCUACAACUCUGUCUGACCAUGAGACAGCAGCUGAGAAGUGUGAAGAAGAUGAAGAGGGUUUUGAUGGGUGCUCAGAAUAUCUUUACAGUGUUCAGGAAAAGCUGGGAAUUUUGAACAGUGGCGUUGUGUAUGCUGUAUAUGACUACGAGGCUCACAAUUCUGAUGAGCUAAGCUUCAAGGAGGGGGACAAGCUCAUUGUCCUUCGUAAGGGAGAUGAGUGGGAACGAGAGUGGUGGUGGUCUCGACUCAAUGACCAGGAGGGCUACAUCCCACGUAACUUGCUUGGUCUUUACCCAAGAGUUCAGGCUAGCAAGAAGCCAGAAUGAUUGUUGUAAGAGCAGAAAUCAAGACUGCAACUUGUCUUGGUGACACUUUGUUUGGAGUUGUAUUCAAGAGUCCAGGCUACAAGAGGACAGAAUGAUUGUCAUAAGAGCAGGAACCAAGCCUGCAGUGCAUCCUGGUGACACUAUCAUAGCAUAGAGCCUGUUAUUACAAUGUUCAUAUAUUUUUUUCUCUACAGUUUUGAUGUAAAAUAAGAAUGAGGCGUGAUUAUAAAUCUCAGGUGGAAUAGUACUUACUCUAAUUAGUAAGGUCAAACAAAGGUUAGAGACUAUACAAAGAAAUUUUAAAAUGAGAUCAUUUAUCUUAUCAGUGUACUUAAGGUAAUCUUGUUUCCUGUCUUAUAUAUAUACAGAAGAUACUGUGCCUUGUUUUUAACGUGUACCUAAUAAUAAUAUGUAAUAUUGAUACAACAAAAGGCAAGGUACAGAUAUAUACAGAAAUAUUUUAAAUACUUGAAUAUACUAGCUGUGCUAGUCACCUAUUGAGAUAUUAAACUUAGUAUUGUAAAUAUGUGCCCUUAGAGGAGUCUAUUGAAUUUGGCUCUGUUGAUGUGCAAGUGUCUUGAUAAGUACCAAAAAUUGUUAGAUAAUGGUUUGGGGAGGGUGUCAAUAAGAGCCUAUUUGAAUGCAGCCAGCCCAUUACAGCUGUAGCCUUCACAGAAAUUAUGGCUAGUUGGGUAGGAAAUUCAAAUUCAUCAUUCUUUAACUUUUGUAAUAUAAAAUGUUUGUAUAACACUGAAACAAGCACAAUUUAAAAUGUUAUCCUGUUUUUCUUUAUGAGUUCCCCAAAACUGUUUUUUGGUUAGCCCAGUAUUAAGGGAGCACACUCAUGUCUCAUGUUUUAGCUUCCUUCUGACCCUUGCAUCUCAUUCCUGAAGCUUUCGUUCCCUGUCUGUGCAUAGUUGGAUAACAGCUACACUUUGCCAAGAGUCUUCAGAUGAAAGAGACAGCCAGUGAUCAAGGGAAAACUGCGGCUGUCAUUGAAGGGCUUAGGAUCAGACAGUCCUAUGUCACUUCACAGUCACUUUGAGAUAUAUUAAGAAAUGUGUUAUAAAUAAAUCAAAUAAUCAUGUUAAUUUUAUUCAUAUUUAUUAUUACAUGUUUGAACUUGUAUGGUACAUGUCUUAUCAUGUUUUAAUAUCUGAAUAACCAUUGCUGAGGUAAAAUUAAUGUGACUUUAGUUUAAUGAGGCAUGAGACUUUAUGGAAACAAUAAUAUCUUGUUUGCAUAAAACAAAGAACUGAUAUAGACUACUGGUACUUGAAAUUGCUUCAUUUCUUUUUCUUUUGAAUGUGAAAGUUGUGUUGCAUAUGAUAAUACAUAAUUAUAGCUAUAAAUUAAUUACUCCAAACAGUGAAAGCAGUUCAGAAUCAAAUUCCUGACACUGAUUCACAUAUCACUUAUGAGAUAUGAUGCCUGAUCUCAGUAUUUCAUAGAUGGUGUGAUUCACUGCUUGAAUAUAUGACAGAACAUCUGGGACAUCUUUUAGAUAUCAGAAAUGUAACAUGAGAUGGUUUCCUUUAGUUGCAGUUGCAUACAGCCUGAAAACAACUUUGUGGGUUGUAAACAGCUUGAGUGCAAUUGUUUUGAAAAGUUAUCGGUUUUUGCAAAGCCACAAUCAGACGGCAAGUAUGUAAGACCAUCUACCAUGUUCAGUGAUGCUGAAAUGAUUUGAAUGGUUGAGCUGGAGCCAUUUUGUAUCUGUUUUACAGGUCUUCUUCUGCCCCAGACAGUUAUCAGAAUAUAUCAGUUCCUCAGUUCACAGUGGCUUCAUCCCACAUGAACAUGCAUCCUUGAUCUUAGACACGGUUGCUUGUACUGAAGUUGUAUGUCCACAUUUUAUAUUUGUAAAUUGCAGGCACACAUGAGAGCUGUGGAAUGGCAAAGCUUGUUGCAGAUUCAUUAACAGAACUAAUCCCUGCUCUGGGUUGCCUUUAGCCUGUUUUGACUCGGUUUUCAAGUUUUCAUUUGAUUAGCCUCAUCUAAAUGAAACAUGCAUUUUCAGAGUCUUUGUUUAACCUCCAUUGCCCUCAGCUUAAUUCAUUUUUAUGAAAGUUCAUCACAUAUCCUACAAGUGUUGCAUUUAAGCAUUUCUUCGCUGUGGUUCCUAAUGGUUCUUAUCUCUAAUUUUAUUUUUUGGAGGUCUUAAAAUUGCAUGUAUUUCCUUAUGUUUUCCCUGUGGUGAUACCAUCUUACCACAGGAAAACCGUUUAUUUGAUAAUGAAUUUGAACUUGUGAUGUGGUAUCACCAGGCAAGAAAUUUACAGAUUAUUAUAUUUUAAACAAAAUAUUUAGGCAACAGGGCUAGUGUGACUUGAUGCUGUUGUCAUGGUCUUUCGCACUAGAACAUGUGACUCUGCAGAACUCUUGACAGUGGCUGUCAAAAUCAGUGUGUGGGUGAGGAAUAUGCCACUGUACUAAGCAUCCUCUGGUAUUCACUUGUUUAAGAAAUUCCCUCUUACACAUUCCCAGAGUUCAUCACUCCUAUCAUCACAGAUGCCCACAGCUGAGCUCUGUCCAGAGCCAUACCAAGUCAGGUCACAUCCCUACAGCCCUUUCCUAAAAUUUUAAUAUAAAUUUCUGGAAUUUCAAAUUCAAUAUCCCUGAUAUGUUUAAUGACAGAUUUUCAGUUGCUUUUGUUGCAGGAUGUUGAUUGGUAUAUCCUAUCUGACACUUAGAACAGUUCUACCCAUACAAAGUAAUAUGUUAUGUUUCUGUUUUCUCACACUGGUCUGUUUCUUACAUAAGAUGCUAGUGAUACCAGUUCUUAGUUUAAGUGUUCAAAAAGUCGUUUUGAAUUUGGAUUUAAUCUUACUAAUAUAUUAUUUUUCUGUAUAUUAUCAUUGCCCUGUUUUCUAAAUGUAAGAGCAUCUCUUUGUUGUAAUAGGUUUCCAGUCAUUCUGAGCUUCAAAAGCUGUUAACAGUUUUACUGUUACUGUGGUGGUGUUAUGUGUAGCUAAAGAAGGAUAGUACCUGGUUUUGUAAAGCAUACAAGUGGUCAUGUGCACAGAAGCAAAGAAUAACAAAUUGUUUUGAACAUGUUAACAAUAUUUAAAGGAAAAAUCCACAGAAAGAAUAUAAGUUGGUUUGUGAGUGAAACUGAAGAAACUGCAUGCACUUCAAGAGUUUCAUUUUUGCAUAGAAGAGAUAAUGGCUGUGCAAUAAAUUAUUCAGGUAAGUCUUAUAAUUAUUUCUUCACAUACGAAUAAGUCUGCCACCUCAAAGUGAAGACCAUAAAAACCUGUUUUACAAUGUAUUUGUGCACUGGCCAUGUGUUCAACUUGCAGUCUGUAAUGUACCUGAUUGAACUAUGCUGUCCCACUAUAUGCAGCUAUGCUGCUACUGCAAUAACUGUAAUCUUUUGUUAAACUCAUGGUGUGAUUUUGAAUUAUGAGCUGGAAAGGACAUAAACAUAACCUGUUUUAAGGCAUCCCAGCAUUUCUGUGAAGGAACUGUGGAAAUUCAUGAAAAGCCUGUCAGAACAGCUUGUUGAGGUAAGAUCCAAAGCUGGUAUCUUUUUGAUACAAAUGAAGACUGCCAGGCACUGAACAUCAUAAUGUAUAUGAAACUUCCACCAAACUUACAUUUAUUGUUGGAUACUUCCAUUUCAGCUUUUUGUUGCUAGGUAUUAUUUGAUAUUUGGAACACACUAAAAAGAAGUGCUGACAUCUUUGGGCAGGCUGCAUAGAUGUAGUCUCUUGCUACUAUGUCUGUUAAAUAUCAAUAAAUUAUUAUCAAAUAUUAAGAACAAUAAAGUGCCUUACUUUUACA